AUGGAAAUUGACACCGUGGCUGCAUUGAUUUGCUAUAUAAUCAUGGCUGUCGGUUGGUAUUUUAUUACUGUACAAUUAGCUAAAGCCUAUUUCGAUCGACUUAAACAACGUUCAGCAUCAUGGUCAACAGUAUCAUCUAGCGCGUUAAGUGGACUCGUAGCUGGCUUUCUCUAUGGUUUUGUUGUUUAUGGUGUUUACAACUGUACUACACGUGCUAUUUUUGGAAGUCGCUAUCCGAUUUCAUUACUUUUACAGGAUUUGGCAUGGGGUUCACUUUAUAAUAUGGUUUUUACUUGUGUCUAUAUGCUUAUUUGGUAUAAAUUGAGUAGCCCAAUCGAAUUGUAA